AUGUGUAAAUUAUUCCACCUGCAGGAUAGAUUAUCCAAGCAGGUUGAUAACAUCUUCGGUGAGUUAACGAAGAUAAUUGGCCAAAAUGGAAUUUGGAAUAGUACUAUUUGUGGGUAUAUAUAUUACGGUUCGGACGAUACUAUAUGCAGAAGUAGGUGUGGGGAAAUUGUAAGCUUAAUUUUAUAUAUGAAAGGGUAUAAUAUUAAGAACUUGACUUGGACAAAAAGACACAUGAGGGGGGGAAGGGAGAAAGAUUUUCGUGAGUAUUUAAAGUGUAUAUUAGCGCGGGAAGCUCUGACCAAACUGUAUGGAGGGAACAAUGAUCAUGUAACAGUAAUAAAGGACGUUUCCAAUGAGUUGAACCGAGGUGCGGACGGAAUAUUAAAGAACGAAAUUCAGGCUGGAGUAUGCGAAGGGAGGAAAUAUGAAAGUUUAAUAUUCGGAUCCGGGAAUAUCGGGGCAAACAUAGAGAGUCGUUUAGCGAAAUGGACCGAAGACUAUGCGCAAAGAGGGAGAACGAUUGCACGAGGCAGAUCGGGAAAAUGUGCGUGGGAGGUUAAGGAACAUAAAGAAGAGGAAAAGCAACAUAAGGGAAGCUGCGAUAAAGGGAAAGGGAAGGAUCAAUAUAAGGAUGAAGACCAAGUGAUGGAUUUAAUUGAGGUAGAUUUACUUCACAGCACUCAACGUUUUUGGAACAUAGUCCAGGAGAGUCGAGAAUUAGACACAGCGUGUGAAAUAGGGGAUAAAAUAAAAAAAGGGGUUGCAGACGUACGGAAGAAAGUAGAUGCGAAGCCCGUACGUGAGCAACCCGCCCCGGCCAAACCAGCACCCGCCAAACCAGUAGCGGCGAACCCAAAUGCGGCCAAGGGGAAAACACCGGUAAGAACGACACCGGAGAACACGAAGACGGCGGGAUCAACGAACAUUGUAGUAACGAGGACGACGCGGCGCAUGCGCGCGUUGCGGAUUCUACUGCUUGCUUCCGUAAUCGAAGAAUGCGCGGUCGACAGCAGUUUUCAGGAGAAGGGAAUUAUUUGCGUGGACAAUCUGUUACGGCACAUUUGA